AUGUUCAACAACACAGUGAUUGUAUUUGCUGGGAGCCAUGAAGCUGUGCCCGAGGAAGCUUAUUGGAAAUCAGUGUUCCCAAACAAUCCAAUGCCAAAGUCAUUGAAAGAUAUCCUACCGCCACAUGAUCCAUCUGCUCUGACAAAGAAAUAUGAUUGGAACGAUGACAAUGUGCCGGAAUUUUUCGACUUUGAUCUUUGGAACGGAAAACCACUCAGAGAAUAUAAAGGGAACAUCAACAACUUCAACGUGGACAAUAACAUGAAUUCAGUCCAUGAAACGGUUUACUUCUUCCAAAGGGAUCUUCGCUCCGGUAAGCUGGUGAAUUUACCCGGUCUAAUAAUAAGCAACAAAACUCCAUUUUUACACGACCGAGUUGCCAAAUCAAUACCUUUUUCAAGCGACAAAUUGCCAGAAAUCUUGAACCACUUCUCCGUAAAACCUGGAACAAGGGCAGCCAACGCCAUGAACAAAACAAUCGGAGGUUGUGAGAGAGUAGCCAUGAAGGGAGAACAAAGGUUCUGCGCCACUUCAUUAGUGUCCUUCGUGGAUUUAAGCAUUUCAAAGCUCGGGAAACAAGUCCAGCUUCUGUCGAACGAGCUCUCGAAAGAGACGAAGAACUCGUUGUUUAUAAUCACCAAGGGAAUGCGAAACGUGGGGGAAAAUGAGCUUCUCUGCCACAAGAAGAAGUAUCCAGGCGCUGUGUUUUCGUGCCAUUCGAUCAACAAAACAACACUUUAUAAGGUCCCAUUGGUGGGCAAAGAUGGGACGAAAGCCGAUGCUUUAGCUGUCUGUCACAGAGAUACUUCGGCUUGGAACCCUAACCACAUGGCAUUUCGGAUUCUCAAAGUCAAGCCUGGAACUCAGCCUAUUUGCCAUUUCAUUCUUAGAGAUACCCUCGUUUGGGUUUCCAGCUAA